AUGGUCAGCAAAGCAAGGCUUAAGUGCCGGGCACAGUGCUUCCGGCCCAGUGAGACUCUUUUUGGGAGGAGGGAUGCUGCAGGCAGGCAGGAGAGGAACCACCUGGAGCGGGGGCAUCAGAGAGCUCAGGGAUGGCACGCAGUGAAGGCCUUCCAAGUUGAGGCUGAGGAUCAUAGUGGCAGGGAGAGAGCUGAGGCUGUGAUUGGAGCUCACUCAAGUGGGACAUGCCUGUCUUCAGCCAGCUUUAGUGCAGACAUGACAAAGCAGGCAGACCCCAAAGCCUGGGCCAACAGGCAGAAAUCUCAGAGGGGAUGUGGGACUGGGGAUACCACCGAGGUGGACUUUGGGGUUGCUGGUCUAGACCUGGCUGCUACCUUCUCAGGCUUAGGUCAGAGAGCCCUUGGGGGUUACUGGGAGGUGCGGUGGUUCGCUAAGACCUGGCACUCUGAGCAGUGGAAACGGGCCCUGCUGGGCACCCUACGGGGUUGUCAUUACCAGGCCUUGGAGACGGCCCUCCCCGUGGCCAUCUUGUGUGAAGCUGAUGUGUCCCAGACUGUGAGCGCCAUGUGCAGGGACUUCACGGCCCACACAGGCUAUGAGGUGCUGCUGCAGCGGCUGCUCGACGGCAGGAAGAUGUGCAAGGACGUGGAGGAGCUGCUGAGGCAGAGGGCCCAAGCAGAGGAGAGGUAUGGGAAGGAGCUGGUGCAGAUCGCCCGGAAGGCAGGCGGCCAGACAGAGAUCAACUCCCUGAGGGCCUCCUUUGACUCCCUAAAGCAGCAAAUGGAGAAUGUGGGCAGCUCCCACAUCCAGCUGGCCCUGGCCCUGCGUGAGGAGCUGAGAAGCCUUGAGGAGUUCCGUGAGAGGCAGAAGGAGCAGAGGAAGAAGUAUGAGGCCGUCAUGGACCGUGUCCAGAAGAGCAAGCUGUCUCUGUACAAGAAGGCUAUGGAUUCCAAGAAGACAUAUGAGCAGAAGUGCCGGGACGCCGAUGACGCCGAGCAGGCCUUUGAGCGCAUUAGCACCAAUGGCCACCAGAAGCAAGUGGAGAAGAGCCAGAACAAAGCCAAGCAGUGCAAGGACUCAGCCACGGAGGCAGAGCGAGUGUACAGGCAGAACAUCGAGCAGUUGGAGAAGGUGCGGGGUGAGUGGGAGCAGGAGCACCGGACCACUUGUGAGGCUUUCCAGCUGCAAGAGUUUGAUCGAUUGACCAUCCUUCGCAAUGCGUUGUGGGUGCACUGUAACCAGCUCUCCUUGCAGUGUGUCAAGGACGAUGAGCUCUACGAGGAGGUGCGGGUGACGCUAGAAGGCUGCAGCGUGGAAGCCGACAUCGAUGGCUUCAUCCAGGCCAAGAGCACAGGCACUGAGCCCCCGGCUCCGGUGCCCUACCAGAACUAUUACGAUCGGGAGGUCGCGCCCUCAUCCGGCAGCCCUGGCGUACAACCAUCUUGCGGUGUGAUAAAGAGGUUCUCCGGGCUGCUACACGGAAGUCCCAAGACCGCAUCAUUGGCAGCCUCUGCAGAGACCCUGACCCCAACCCCUGAACGGAGUGAGGUUGUCUACUCUGCCAUCACGGUGCAGGAGGCGCCGGGCCCCCCAAGCGUGCCAGCACAGGGCUACAGGGUGCUCUACGACUACACGGCCCAGAAUUCCGACGAGUUGAAUAUCUCUGCGGGAGACAUCCUGGAAGUCAUCCUGGAAGGGGAGGAUGGUUGGUGGACAGUGGAACGGAAUGGGCAGCGUGGCUUCGUCCCUGGUUCCUACCUGGAGAAGCUCUGAGGAAGGGGCAGCAGCCCCCACCUGGACCUGCCCUGCCCUGGGGCCAGCAGAGUCCUGACUGCUGCCCCAGCCUUGCUGGGGCCCUAAGACCAAGCCUACACCCCAGGACGUAUGCUGGAGGCUCCCUGAACAGUCUCUCCCACAGGGAAUAAAGGAGUG